AUGAUUCUUUUGGCCAGCAUUAAGGUCACGUCGUCACGACUUCGAGCUGCUCGGCGCAUUAGUUUUUGCAUCACUGGCCUCGGAAAUCCGGAACCAGAAUACGCGCUAACUCGUCACAACGCAGGCCUUCUUCUUCUAGACCUGAUUAAACAAACCUACGUAUCUAAAUCCGCAUGGCAGUCUAGUAAUAUACGAAGGGUGAACGCUCAUUACUGUAAGAAUCACGAGCUGGACCUCAUGCUCCUGCGCUCGGAUGGCCAAUACAUAAAUUGCAGUGGGCCAAAUAUCGUCCCCAUCUGGAAAAAGCUGCCUCCAAAAUGUAGUCACGUGGUAUUUCACGACGAUAUAAGACUACCGCUCGGCAAACUACGACUACGUACUCCUGGUACCAGCUGCGGAGGUCACAAUGGUCUCAGGAGUCUUGCCGGCCUCGCGCGCGAAGAAUACCCUUAUCAUGUCUUGUCCAUUGGAAUCGGUAGGCCUGCUAAAGGCGACAUUCCAAGCUACGUCCUGGGUAGAUUCUCAUCCCUGGAACUCUCUACUAUAAGAGAAAAUGUCCUCCCUGAUGCGCUAAAAAUACUGCGAAAAAAUUGGCCAGAAUACUUAGAUAGACGUUAA